AUUUGAAAAAUAUACCAUAGACAAAACCUUAAAAUAAAUGCCUACACAAAAACAAAUAAAAUAGCAAAGUUGAACAAUUGAAUAAUUACAACAGUCGUGAUUUCCGUGAAUAAUACCAAGCAUAACUUUGGUGAUAGACUUUUUAGUUUUAUUCCAUCAAGAUAACCUAAGUUUCCAUCAGAGGUUUAAAUUGUUUACAUACAUAUUAUAUAUCCAAAGAAACUGGUCGUGAACAAAUUUCCUUAUGGCAGAAACUACCAAACGAAAAUUAUGGGGUGAGAUAAAAGACCCUGAAGAAUCAUGUACUCAUAAUUUUGAAGAUUUGAUUGAUUAUGCAAAAAAUCCGAAUAAUUUAAAACAAUAUUUAGAUGCUGUAUUACAUCCUAAUCUUAGGCAUAAUAAAAAUGUUACACAUCUCAUACAAUUGCCUCCAAUGGAAACUCGAGUAUUACACACAAUUUCACUUCAUCAUUAUGAAAAUCAACUGACUGAUCUAAUAAAUAAAAAAAAUAAUGGAUAUCGUGGGAGACAUAGCGGAGAAAGUUCACCACCUCCAAUUCCAGAAAUGCCAAAGAUUCCAACCAAAUGUAAAGAAACUAGAAAUCAAUUCGGUUAUUUACCAAAAGCGUCAAGUGAAUUUACUCUGGGGAAUGGUGUGGAUACGCCGAAACUUAGCGAUCAAGUAAGGGAACAUCUAUUGAAACAAUGUGUAGGUACAUUAUUCGCACACGUUGGAUUUGAAAACACAAGUGAAAGUAUAUUAGCAAUAUUAAGCGAUGUGCUGGAUGAAUUUUUGAAAAAAAUGUGUACUAAUUUACGUCACGCUGUGGAUAAUACAAGAUUAGGAAUAAGUGAAGGUUUUCCGGAUGAUAUUGAAAGAGUAUUUACAGAAAUGGGAAUUGGGUCCAUACUUGGUUUACAUGAAUUUUAUACAACGCGAGUUAUUAAUUACCAGAAACGAGUCUAUAAUAGAUGCCAGAAUUUAUUAAAAGAAUAUGAAGAACUAGAGAAAGAAGAUGUACCAGAAUUCCAUCUUAGUGGCGGUGAAGAAGAUCAUAGUGAAUUACUCCUACAGCCUGAAUUACAAAUGUUAGAUUAUCUUGAACAGAAUGUUGAAUUUUCAUUACAAGAUGCUUUAGUGAACCCAGCAACAUUACAAGAUUUAGAACAAAUAUUCAAUUCUUAGAAUAAAAAUAAUUAAUAUGUAAUUAGUGUUCUUUUUGAGAUUGUCUUAAGUAAGAUAUUCGUCUAUGACGUAAUGAGAAUUCUAGUUGGUUGUCCUGACACAUUUAAAUUAAAGUAUAAAUUUCAGUUCUUA